GAGCUGAGACUGGAGCUGAGACUGGGAUAGUCCGGGUUAGCAAGGAACAGCUGGGUCACGAGGCUUUGUUGUUGUUGUUGUUGUUGUUGUUGUUGACUGCUGAGGCUGAAGCUAACGGUUAGAAGCUGGGCUGCACAGCUAGCAUCUCUAUCCUCCUCCGGCUGCAGACAUCAAGACCGAAGCAUGCCAAGGGAGACAGAGGGAGGAGGAGACAAGGAGUCAAAGGAUGAGAGGACACAGGAGGCUCCUGAGGAGACAGUGAGGAAGAGGGUCCGGGCAAAUACUCCCAGUCCCCACAGGGAGAACACUCCUCAAGCCAGCCCCCCCAGGUUAGUGUCUGUGGAGGAGCUGAUGGAGACGGCUAAAGGAGUCACCAACAUGACUCUGGCCCAUGAGAUCAUGGUCAACCAGGCCUUCCAGGUCAAACCUGCAGAGCUUCCUGAGGGCAGCUUGGAGCGCAAAGUGAAGGAGAUCAUGCACAAAGCCUUCUGGGACUGUCUGGAGGCUCAGCUGAAGGAGGAGCCGCCCGUCUACGGACACUCCAUCAAGCUGCUGGCAGAGAUCAAAGAGACGCUGCUGUCCUUCCUGCUGCCGGGCCACGGCCGCCUCUCCUCCCGGAUCCAGGAGGUCCUGGACCUGCCUCUGAUCCAGCAGCAGGCGGAGAACGGAGCGCUGGACAUCAGCCAGCUGUCCCAGUUCAUCGUUGGGAUGAUGGGCUCGCUGUGCGCUCCCUGCAGGGACGAGGACAUCAACAAGCUGAAGGACAUCUCCGAGAUUGUUCCUCUGCUCAAGGCGAUCUUCUCUGUGCUGGACCUGAUGAAGGUGGACAUGGCUAACUUCGCCCUGACCAGCCUCAGGCCUCACCUCAUGCAGCAGUCGGUGGAGUACGAGAGGAGCAAGUUCCAGGAGUUCCUGGAGAAACAACCCAAUGCCUUAGACUACACUGAGAAGUGGCUGGAGGACACGGUGAGAUGUCUGAGGGAGGAGGACGGUUCUAACGCUGCUUCCUCUGAGCCGUCACUGCUUCCUGUUAACGUCCAUAACCACGCCUACCUACGCCUGCUGAGCUGGGACCACGCCUCAGACCCCUUCCCAGAGACGGUGCUGAUGGACCAGGUCCGGUUCCAGGAGAUGAACCAGGAGAUGGAGCGGUUGGUCCAGCUCUCCUCUCUGCUGCUCAUCGUCUACACCACCACAGGAGAGGCUAUCUCCGGCCUGCCGGGACUCAUGGACACGCUGAAGAACACCAUCAGCGUCCUGCUGGCAGACAUGCACACAGCGUCCUUCAGUGGCCAGGAGGCCUUGGCCUCCAUCGGGGAGAAGCUGUGUGAGGAGCUGAGUGUCUGUCUGAGCCAACAUGGCUUCUCUCCGUUCUCCUCCCAGAGGAGGAACUCUCUGAAGGGUCAGAUCUCUGCUCUGCUCCAGCCGGACCACACCGUCCGCAGGCUGAUGGAGUCUCGGGUCCAGAGCUACCUGCUAGCCUCCCUGGAGUCCAGCCAGCAUCAGACCGCCCCCCCUCUCCCAGGAGGUCUGGUCCCCGUCAGCAGGGAGCUGAAGGAGCUCGCCGUCAGAUUCAGUCGACUCGUCAACUUCAACAAGCUGGUCUUCUCCCCGUUCUACCAGAAGAUCCUCCAGAAGGUCCUGACAGACGGGGAGCGUCCCGCUGCAGGGACGUAGACUCUGAACUGGUCUGUAGUCCUGCAGUUUCCUUCACUAGUACCAGUUAAACGCUGCUCCGCC